ACCGCCGCUCGACUCUCACCGGUACCGUGCAACGACAACGGCAAGCAGCAGCAGAGAUGGAACGGCACAUCAAAGCUACCCUAAUGUACACCUUCUCCCGCACGGAGGAGGGCCAGGAAGAGCAGCUAGCCGCGCUGGUCGCGAUAUCCGUUCUUGCGGGAGUGCUCGUACUGUGCUUUAAUUACUCGGUCGAGUUGCUGAUCGCGUUACUUGUCGUUGAGCAUCCAGUGGUUGGAUUACCCACUUCUUCUCUCCCCUCCCCCUCUUCGCCCCUAGUGCCACCGAUUCCACCGAGGUGUAGGAGUCAAAGAUCCCGUCGGGAUCGGGAACUGGGAGGGGGUGAGGAGAUACAGCCGUUGAUCCCCCGGAGCGAGAAAGUGUUUGUCACAGACAGCAUUGUGGGGACUAUUAGACAUUUACGCAGGAUCGGCGGCCGGACUGCACCUUGGAGAGGGUUUAUCGGAGCUAUGGCGCUUGCCCUCCUCGACGGAAUGGUCGGGGACUUUGUCGUCCCGAAACUGCAGUCCUGGAUUGGAAGUGAGGUUGCCGGAAGGGUUCUCGGCGGGACACUAUCCUUGAUAGCAGUCUCAAGGCUGAGCUUGACGAUCCUCCAGUUCGUUCUCCCGUAAAUGCGGCACAAGAAACAAAUGGGCGAAUAAACCAAUACUAACCAACUGACAAAACCCCAGCAUCCAAAUCUCCCACCCCCAACCAGCAACCUGGCUAACCCGCUAUGCCAACACGUCCGGCACCUCAGUGCUGGCAACCGUCCCCUCGGUGACCCUCAACGGCCUCCUCACCCUAACAACCCUCGAACUCCCCUUCCUCACGUACCCGCCGCGCUACUCUUCCCUCCCAUACAUCCUAACCCCCGUCUCCGCCCUCUUCCUCGUCAUCCCCUCCUACCUCGCCCUCACGCGCGUCCGCGCGUCACUCCUGGCGCCACAUGUGGACCCGAUCAUACCCGUCCGCAGGGUGGAAGGCGGAGUAAGCUUCUGGAAGGCGCUCGCCGGGGCGCCCUACGCUAGGUUGGCGUGGUUCGCAAUCAAGGGGCUGCCGGUGUGGCUGACGGUCAACGGUGUUUUGCACGGCGUUGUCGCCGCGGCGUACGUGUGGGUUUAUGGGGCCGAGGGGUGGAUUCAGGGGGUGGCAGUUUUUGGCAUGAUCUGCUUGACGGUGAGGUUUGGGCUAUGACCUACCGUACCCAUCGGUCAAUUUAGCGAUGCUGUUACACCAUGGUGGGGCGGGGAAAAAGAGGGUUUUAUAGGAGGGAAAGAGGGGUCUUUUCGAAUGAGCGUUUGGAUAUGGCAUCUUUAUCAUCAUCGCCUCAUGUUUGUAUUUGUUUAACGUUUUUUUGUCGCUUGCUGGCGGUUCACAGUGUCGUUAGAUUGGGACAUUAGGUAUUAGGUAUGAUAUGAUCUUUACAAUACGUACGAAGUGGGGUUUGACAAAAUGGAUGGGCGGGAAAAAUGGAGUAAACCCUCUCCAUCCCCCCCGGGCGGGUGUGAUAUGAUAUCAUACCGGUAUUAUAGUCGCGAAUCCAAUUCUCAUACCAAC